AUGAACUUUGAGGACUAUGAAACCCUUCCGACCCAGAACUCUAUAACACAUAUGACAGCUGGAGCAAUCGCGGGGGUGAUGGAGCAUUGCAUAAUGUACCCGCUCGACUCCGUCAAGACGCGGAUGCAGUCGUUGCGCUCCGCUCACAACGGCAGCAUCGCCGAGACCCUACGGUACAUGGUCCAGCGAGAAGGCCUCCUAAGGCCGAUCCGAGGUAUGUCGGCGGUGGUGGCAGGCGCGGGGCCGGCACACGCCUGCUUCUUCGCGACCUACGAGCAGAGCAAGCACACGCUGGGCCAUCUCACACGACACCGCCACGAUCACAUCACCCACGGUCUGUCGGGCUGUCUGGCGUCACUCGUGCACGACGCUGUCUCAAAUCCUACUGAAGUGGUGAAGCAGCGGCUGCAGAUGCUGAACUCGCCGUACCGCAGCGUGUGGGAUUGCGCGCGCCGCGUGUACCGAGCAGAGGGCCUGCGCGCCUUCUACCGCUCCUACGGCACACAGGUCGCCAUGAACGUACCCUUUCAGGCGGUGCACUUCGUGACGUACGAGUGGUGCCAGUCGCGGCUGAACCCGGUGCGCGCGUACGAGCCGGCGGCGCACCUGGCGGCGGGCGCGUGCGCGGGCGCGCUGGCGGCGGCGGCCACCACGCCGCUGGACGUGUGCAAGACGGCGCUCAACACGCAGGAGGCCAGCGCCGACGGGCUGGCGCAGGCGGCGGCGCUGGUGCUGCGCACGGCGGGCGCGCGCGGCUUCUUCCGCGGCCUGCACGCGCGCGUGCUCUACCAGAUGCCCGCCGCCGCCAUCUGCUGGCUCACCUACGAGACCUUCAAGCACGCGCUCGCCAAGACGGAGGGUGUUGGGGAGGAUGGAGUGGCGAAAGCGGAACGAAGCAGCUCGAGCGUGAGCAACAUGAGCAACAUGAGCAACAUGAGCAACAUGGGCGGAGUGAGCGGCGUGGGCGCGCCGCUGGGCUGCGCGGCGCUGCGGCUGGCGGCCGCCGACGUGCCGCCCGCCGCCACGUAG